AUGCCACUUGCAGUUCGUAAGCUCUUUGCUACUGUGCUUAUCUUUUGCCAACCCAGCGAUCCUCUCUCUCUUUGGAUGAAAUAUUAUACUUUUUUUUCUGAAGAUUUUAGACACGGGUAUACUUCUGAUCCACUAAAAGUGAAGAAUCUCACUGUUAAGUCAGUUGAAUGGUUUUUGGAAUCAAUGGGAAGCUCUCUUGCUGCAUAUGGACUAGACCAUUUAGUUCAGCCUGAUGUUGAUGAAAUACGCAGAACAAAGGAUAUAGAAGAUGCAUUGAAUGCUCCAAUACCAUAUCAGUGUCUACAAUGCAAGAACCAAUUGAAUCAGGCUCAACGAGAGGCUUUUAAUGUCAUAAUGGAUCAUGUUACAAAGCAAAUACAUGGGGCAUUUUUUAUAGAUGGUCCUGGUGGAACAGGAAAGACUUUUUCAUAUAAUGCUUUAUAUGCAGAAAUAAGGCUGAUGAAUAAAAUUGUCUUGCCAACAGCAACAUCCGGUAUAGUUGUAGCUAAUAUUCCUUCUGGAAGAACUGCACACUCACGGUUUAAGAUUCCACUAUAUCCUCUUGAAUCACUUGCCUGUAAUGUACCUAAACAAGGAAGUCUAGCAGCAUUGCUUAAAGAAACAACACUUAUCAUUUGGGAUGAAGCUUCGAUGGCAAAAAAGGAAAACAUUGAGUCACUUGAUGUGUUACUCAGAGAUAUUUGUAAUCCCAAUUUAUUAUUUGGAGGUAAAAUUGUUGUAUUUGGAGGAGAUUUCAGACAAGUUCUUCUUGUCGUUCCAAAGAGAACACAACGUGAAGCAGUUGCUGCUAGCUUGUUGCAAAAUACAGAAGAUGCAUUUGUGCAGCUGCCAACAGAAAUUGUACAACCUUAUGAUGCUGCUACACCUCAAGAUAUGCAUUUGACUUCGGUUGCAUUUCCAGAAAUGGAUAUGCCUCCAUUUAGUGCAGACAUAUUUACAACUAGAGCUAUACUCACACCAAUCAAUGAUGAUGUGGAUGUUAUAAAUGCAGUUUUGAUAGACAAAUUUCCAUGUGAAGCAGUGGCGUACAAGAGUUAUGAUUCAAUGAUCGAUGAUGAUUGUAACAUCUAUCCUACUGAAUUUCUGAAUAAGCUUUGUCCUGGUGGCAUGAGCCCUCAUGAACUCAUAUUGAAACCCAAUAGUCAUGUUAUCCUGCUACGUAACAUCUUAUCAUCAUCUGGACUUUGCAAUGGAACGCGCCUAAUAUGUAAAAAAAAUUUCCCAAAUCUCAUUGAAUGUGUUAUUGCUAUUGGGCAUCAUAAAGGAGAACAUGUAUUGAUACCAAGGAUUAAUCUAAGACCAUCAGAGUCUUCAGGUUAUCCUUUUCAAUUUCAAAGGAAACAAUUCCCUUUAAAGCUUAGCUUUGCGAUGACCAUCAACAAAGCUCAAGGGCAAACACUUAACAAAGUUGUUGUUUACCUACCAAGAUCAUGCUUCUCACAUGGUCAGCUGUAUGUUGCCCUUUCCCGAGCUCGACAAGCAACUAAUGUCAGUGUUAUAACUGACAGAAAUGCUGAUCAGGUAUUCAUUCUGAAGGAUGGCAUAUUCUCCAAAGAAAAUCUUAUUAUGGCACCACAACGAAAAUUUCUCGAUGAGCUCGAUACAUCGAGCAAAUCAUACAAGGUUAAGGUGAAUAUUGCAGAAAAGGGUAGAAAGCAAGAAUCUGAGAAGAAAAUAUUGUACCAGUAUAUUAUCUUACAGGAUGACAAGAAAAAUCGCAUGAAGGUGACAUUAUUUAGUGAUCAAAUUGAUGCAUAUAAAGAUGUUAUCUUGUUUAGAGGAAACUACGACAUUGCUAAUGCCUUGAUAAGGCCACUAGAUGCAUAG